UUUAUCACGGUUUGUCAUGGUUGUGAAUGGGCUCGUCUCCAGUCUACGUCGCUCUACGAUGAUUUUACGCUAUGUUGUGGCGUCUCCCAUGCACGAGUGUAGUUAUGCGUGAUGGAAUGGUAGUCCCGUUAUUCCCUAUCCACUUGUUUUGUACGCGAAAUAAGUUGUAAGUAAGUACUUACCAUUGUAAUCUUUAAAAGGUUCGUUACAAUUAUACUUGCAUUAAUCGUAUUAAGCUUUGUAAAAAAGCUCCACUUGUUCACUUGAUCGCACCGUUGAUAACGGUACAUUUCUCCGCUGCAUCGAAUUUGACAAUUGUAAGGUUAUGGAAACAAAAUUUCUGGAAGUUUCUGAAGAAGGCGGGAAUCGAUGAAACCGUGGACUGGAAUUGAUAGACUUGGUGGACUAUCGUCGAGGACUUUAUAUUGCAAGCAACACGUUAGCCUGCAAAAAUGCAGUCUACUCCACAACAGAAAAAAUACGAUCAACAAGUGUCUGGAUCAACGGCAUCUGCCGAAUCCCGAAGGCCUUUGCUUACGGCGCAGAGAAGUAUGGCCGCUAGCUCGGGAAGCGACCAGUCAAGGGAUCCGCCAUCCCCGCAUUCGUCCUUCAUGGGGCAGUUGGGGGUGAUGCUACGCCGGAAUCUGUUACUGAAAAGAAAAAAUCCAAAACUCAUGUCACUGGAAAUUUUAAUACCACUAUGCUUUGUGGCAAUUUUCGGCUUGAUUGGAUAUGUCGUGGAUAAACGCAGCAUCGUUGUGCUUCCUCCGAUCCCGAAAUUUUCGGAAGAACCGUUUACCUUCCAUUUUGGAAACGAGCUAGAGCUCGCCUAUGCUCCCCAUAAUUCCAAAACAGACCAACUGAUGCGCAUUUUCAAAGAUUACGCGAGUAAAUCUGUAAGGGAAUUGAACGUUCUUUCCUAUGAAUCUCAAGAUGCCCUUCUGGUGGAUUAUAAAGCGGGAAAAUUUAAACCGGGGAUAGUUGCCAUCAUUUUUGACGAUUCGAACUUGAAUACGUUGAGCUACGCUAUAAGACCGGAGUGGGAUAUAAUGCCAAAAACAAGUCCUCCGUAUUAUUUUGACAGAACAGAUCCAAAUCUUGGGGAAUGCACGCCACGUAAUUACAAUGCGUCUACUGCUUUCGGUCCCGUUAAUCCUUCAUCGUGUCGGACUAAUUCGUAUGCUAAACUCGGAUUCUCUUUAAUACAAACUGUCAUCUCAACGGCAUAUAUGCGGAUGAAGUUGAAUGUGUCUGGUAACGCGCUGCCGUUGCCUUUAAUGAGCUCCGUUAUGCUUCCCGACGCAGAAGUGCGUCUGUAUGACACUGGUGAAGCAAUGAUGCGCGCUCUUCCGGCCACACAAGUGCUGAAUAUUCUUGGAUUAUACGUCAUUUUCUUGGUGAUAUAUGUGGUGACAGAGCGCGAAAAGAAGCACAUUGAAAAUAUGAAAAUUAUGGGCUUGCGACCCACGGUGUACUGGUUGAGCUGGGUGAUUAUAUAUGAAUUUCUCAUGACGGUGGUGUCUACUAUUAUGUUACUAAUGGCCAUGUUCUUCAAUGUGUGGCCGCGGAGCAACUUUUUCUUGAUGCUGUUGGCAUGUAUUGGUCUUAUCAACUCUUUGAUCGCCAUUGGCCUGUGUCUGGCCCCGCUGUUUCGCAAGCCGUUAACCGCUGCGAUGGUACUUUACCUGGUGGAAUUAAUUCUUUUCGUGUUGGCGAUGUUAGAAGAUCUGGCAAGGAACAUCCCGGACUAUGCAAAAUUUCUCCUCGCACUUCUCCCGUCAUCCUCGUUUUAUAUGUGUUUUUCGCGGAUUGCGAAAGCGGAAGCUUUUGACGAUGGUGUGAAUUUCGGGAAUGCCUACAAAGAAGCUGGCUUUAACGUCGCCCAUGCUGUCGGAAUGCUAUGGUUGGAUACGUUUAUUUACAGCCUUCUGGCAGUUUACAUUGGAAAAAUCACGCGCAAUGGUGAUUCUCCAGCCGAAAGCGUGUUUUUCUUCCUGAAGCCGUCCUACUGGCGGUCGUCACGGAAAGGAUGCGCUAAUUCUUCGGUCGAUAUGGACGAAUUAUUUGAAAGUGGGGAUGUGGAUCGAGUGCCUAACCAUCUGCGGUCAAAGCGAGCUGUGGUUUUGAAUGGAUUAACAAAAAUUUUCCCGGGAAAGAAGCAAGUGGCCGCUGUUGAUAAUUUCAACUUUGAAAUGUACGAAGGCGAGAUUGUUGCUGUUUUGGGUCACAACGGUGCUGGGAAAUCAACCAUGAUGAACAUGAUCACCGGGAUGCUGCAGCCGACAUCCGGCUGCGCUACAGUUUACGGGAGCGAUAUGAGUAUGGCGGCGGAUAUGAUUAACGCUAGGAAACUCAUCGGCUAUUGCCCGCAGCAUAAUAUGCUAUUCGAAGAUUUCACCAUACAGGAGCACCUGGUAUUUUUCGCCCGAUUGAAAGGAUUUUCUCGCCACGAGGCUGAAGAACAGUGCAUGAAAAUCAUGGACGAGAUUGACAUCAAGGAUCAAGCGAACGUUUUGGCGAAGAAUUUGAGUGGAGGUCAGAAACGCCGUCUAUCCAUUGCCAUAGCUGUCAUUGGCCGGCCAAAGGUGCUGAUUUUGGAUGAACCGUCUUCCGGUGUGGACAUAUAUAAUCAGAGAUUUCUCUGGGAUUUAAUUCGAGGAUUCCGUGCUGGUCGCUGCAUUAUUGUGGCCACUCAAUCCAUGCAGGAAGCCGAUGUACUGGCCGAUCGGAAACUGAUUAUGUCCCGUGGGAAACUGCGGUGUGCUGGUUCGUCCCUGUUCUUGAAGAAUCGAUUUGGAUCGGGAUACUAUUUGACAAUGACGGUAGAGAAAGAUCACAAUGAAGGCGUCAUUGACGCGUUUGUGGCGAGAUUUAUUCGCGGUGCCGAAAGAACGCGCUCACAUGCUGGUGAGCUGUGUUAUGUUCUACCGAAGAGAGAUAUGGGAGAAUACGGCAGACUUUUUGAGGAAAUGGAGAAAGAUAAGUCGAAAUUGAAGAUUGGAACAUUCGGGAUCUCGCUGACAACGCUGGAGGAGAUUUUUCUUCGGCUGGCCGACGAGUCUCACGGUGAAAAGCUCGAUUUGAAUGUGUUUAAGAGCAGAAUGGUGGCAGACCGGCAGCGUGAAAUUGAUUUGAAAGACUGCUCGCGAAUUUAUCCGCCCAAGAAAGGAACGGUUCCGGCUGUCCGCAAACUGGUAGCGCUUUGUAAAGUGCGGGCGUUGCUCAUGUGCCGGUCGGCUUAUGCCGUUGUGUAUCAGCUGGUGAUACCAAUACUCUCCAUGUUAACGCUUGGCGGUAUAUUUCUGGCGUCACAGGCAAUCUCCUCACGUUCGCCUGUGGAGGGAUCUUUAUCGGGGGAAGAAAUUGGGCACGUGUUGAAUUCUGUUGAAGAUUUUAAAGGGGGAUUUUUUAUGAGUAAUGACACGGGCAAACAUCUGGAGAAGUUGACAUCCGGGCUGGCACCUGUAUCGGUGAAACGUUACGAUGAUUUGGUGUCUGGGCAGUUUCUUUCUGGAGGAUAUAUCAUGAAAGACGUGGCUUCUUCUGGCGCGGUUCGGGCAGCUGCAAUUGCCUACAAUUCCACAGCGACCCACGUUAUACCGUACCUCACCAACCGUUUGCUAAGCGCCAUGUUCCAAGCUCUGACCGGCACCGCUGAGCAUUUCCACUUUCGGCCGCAUCCACUGCCAAACCAGUCUACGAUUGAGACCCCGCCGUUUGAUGCGUCACUUAUUGGACCGACGCUAAUUGGAUUAGCACUGGCGCUAAUACCCAGUGUUUUUGGGAUGGAUGUAUGUCGUGACCGACUGAUUAAGGCGCGCAGUCAGAUCCGUAUGAAGGGAUGCUCCUUUUGGUUGUAUUGGAUCAGUGCUUUGACGGUCCAUCUGGCACAGUACUGGAUAUCGUUUACCAUCAUAGUCAGCAUGAUUUAUGCGUUUGGGAUCAAAGCCAUGACCGAGAAGGUGGAUUUUGGCAUGCCGGCCUUUAGUAAUAACAGUAGGGAAAUUGUCACGGAGGUUGUUCCGGCGUCAAAGAUGCUGUACUUCGGCUUAAUUUUCGUUUUUUACUCUGGCGCAUCGGUGGUAUUCAGUUACUGCGCUUCCUUCAUGUUCUCAAGGCUCAUAUCGGCAACGGUUGUGCUUCCUUUCGUAAUGAGUCAGGUGGCAUAUUUGAUGUACAUGACGGUGUUUUUGCUUGGAUUAUUUAACAAGGAAACAACGGCGGACCAUCUGCAUCGCAUUUUUGCAUGUAUAUUUCCUCCAUACGGAAUAUUUGGCGGCCUGCACUACCUUAUUGGAAAACCUCCAAAAACGGAACCGGUCACGCUCUGGCAGAGCAAUAUACCAAUUGUGAUGAUUGCGAAUUUCAUACAUAUAUUCGUCUUCACGUUGCUGCUGGGCGUCUUGGAGGCCAGAUUUUUCAAUCAGUCGUUUUUGCAGUUUGUGGGAUUCCGGUUUUACGGAAAACUUUCGAAACGUAUUAUUGAGCUCAAAACGGCUCAUCAGGAUGAGGACGUCCUGGCCGAGGCUGACCGAGUAGCUGCAAUUAAGCCCAUACAAGACUCUAAGCAUACGGUAAUAAUGCGUGGGUUGCGGAAGGAAUUCUCUCAGCGCGAUUCACGGCACGGAUGGCGAAGACGAACACCCGCCACAAAAAAGAUUGCUGUGAACUGUGUUACGAUCGACGUACCCCGGGGAGAAAUUUUCGGCUUAUUAGGUCCUAACGGUGCUGGAAAGACAACAACUUUAUCUAUGGUUUCCGGAGAAGUGACGCCGACCGCGGGUGAUGUGCACGUGAAUGGGUUCGACAUACACGUCCAAACGCAACAGGCCAUCGAGGAAAUGGGAUCCUGCCCACAAAUUGACACUUUGUGGGAUGAACUGACUAUGAGAGAACACCUAGAACUAUUCACCAUACUAGCGGAUUUGCAUAAAGAGCGCAGAACCGAAGAUAUUGAAUGGUUCGCGAAUGGUCUGGAUAUAAAAGAACAUAUGGAUAAAAAAUCCAGCGCAUUAAGUGGAGGUACAAAGCGAAAGUUGACAUUCACAAUCAGUAUGAUUGGAAAUCCGCCGGUGGUGAUGCUGGAUGAGCCAUCGACCGGCAUGGAUCCGCAGAGUAAACGGCAUUUGUGGGGUAUGAUACAGAACAGUUUCUGCAACACGCGCGGAGCCAUCUUGACGACACAUUCCAUGGAAGAGGCCGAUGCUCUCUGCGAUCGCAUUGGUAUUCUUGUCCAAGGCGAGCUGAAAUGCAUCGGGUCAUCGCAGCAUUUGAAAAAUAAAUUCGGAUCCGGAUAUCUGCUGGAGGUGAAGUUGAGUCUGCCGGCGGAUGUCAGCUCGGAUGAUGUGAAAACCAGAUCCGAGCGGGUUAAAGACGCCGUCAGCAAGUUAUUCCCGCAACGUUGUCACUUGGAGGAGGAUUUGUAUGGGCGACUGGUGUUUGCUGUUGAAAAUCGCGCCGUGACAUCGUUGGGACGGGUGAUGCGGGAACUAGAGCACAUGAAAAGAAGUCUAGAAUUAGAAGAAUACAGCUUCAGCCAGUCCACCAUUGAGCAGGUGUUCCUUCACUUCGCGAAAAUGCAAGACGCUGUGGCUAUGUGUGAUUCGAACAUGCAAUGCGCUGGAGUCACGGUUCAGUCCAGCGGGCACGGUCACCGGAGGCAUUCUGCGUUAGGCGUAGCCGUAUAACGCGGCAGACAAGGAGCUGCUUGCGGGGGCCGAUCUCGAUAGGGCGGUGCGAAAAGUGGAGAAUGUAGUCGCAGAUACCAUGAUUAUGAUACUUGGAAUCGUUUUUCUAUGAUCUGAUUGCCGAAUGCUCGCUUCCCUUACAUCUCUGUCGUAUAGUUUCCCAGUCGGGAAUCCCUACACGAUUACCGAAUUACGGAGUCGUGAUGUGUGUACAUAUGCUGGAGUAUUCACGAUCAUCAUACAGAUAGCUUGAACGGUAAAUAGCACAAACGUAUUUUUUUAUUUGUGUAAUUUUGUGUCUAGUUCACCAACUCUAGUUGUUGUUUCUUGUUACUGAGCAGGAUUUUGUAUUUUCACUGUCUUGAUAUUUCUGUACUUCCGGUUGGAGAAUGUGAUUGUUGAAAAUAAUGUUACCGAUUAUAGAGGCAUCCAUCGAUGCAUAUCGUGCAUUAAAACCAUGGAUG